AUGUUUGUUCGAUUUAUGUUUGUUCGAUUUAUAGAUCAUAUGGAAGAAAGAGGGUGUUCAUGUCCAUCCACUGUUUGUAAGAAUGCCUAGCCACGUGAACCUUACGUGGAUUCCUUGUCUUCAGUGUUUAGAAUUAUGUGCAUGUUUUUCCUCCAAUAAUUCAGUGGAGGCCUUGUUUUUUCCCCUAAGAUUCCUCCUUGGUUUUUCCCCUAAGCUUUCUGCUGGAUAUGCUAGAAUAUUGUUUAGAUCUCCAAGAUCUGUGUACAGAGACAGAUUGACUAGGCGUUUGGCAUGAGGAUGGAAAUCACCAAUGUUUCUGAGUAUGAGAAAAUUGCCAAGCAGAAGUUACCAAAGAUGAUAUAUGAUUACUUUGCAUCAGGAGCUGAAGAUCAGUGGACACUAAGGGAGAAUCGAAGCGCAUUCUCGAGGAUUCUCUUUCGACCCCGUAUUCUCGUUGAUGUAUCGAAUAUCGAUAUGACCACAACAAUCUUGGGUUUCAAGAUUUCGAUGCCUAUCAUGAUUGCCCCCACAGCUAUGCAGAAGAUGGCACAUCCUGAAGGGGAACUUGCAACAGCUAGAGCAGCAUCAGCAGCCAACACUAUCAUGACAUUAUCCUCAUGGUCGACUUCUAGUGUCGAAGAAGUUAACUCAACAGGGCCCGGAGUUCGCUUCUUCCAACUCUAUGUCUACAAGGACCGAAAUGUAGUGAGGCAACUCGUCGGAAGAGCUGAGAAGGCAGGCUUCAAGGCAAUUGUACUCACAGUGGACACACCGAGACUCGGAAGAAGAGAAGCUGACAUUAAGAACAGAUUCACUUUACCGCCUUCUCUGACACUCAAGAACUUCGAGGAGCUGAACAUCGAAAAGAUGGAUAUGACUAAUGAUUCGGGGCUAGCAUCGUACGUCGGCAGCCAAGUCGAUCGUUCCCUAUCGUGGAAGGAUGUGAAGUGGUUGCAGACAAUUACAAGCCUCCCAAUUAUAUUGAAAGGAGUCAUGACUGCCGAGGACACUCGAUUGGCCGUUCAAGCUGGAGUUGCUGGCAUCGUCGUGUCUAACCAUGGUGCUCGUCAGCUCGAUUAUGUCCCGGCAACCAUUACUUGUUUGGAAGAGGUUGUCAAAGCAGCACAAGGGAAAGUCCCAGUGUUCUUGGAUGGGGGUAUUCGUCGAGGCACCGACAUCUUCAAGGCCUUAGCCUUGGGAGCAUCCGGAGUAUUUAUCGGAAGGCCAGUGGUUUUUGCAUUGGCAGCCGACGGAGAGGCUGGGGUUCGGAAAGUGCUCCAAAUGCUUUCAGACGAGCUCGAGCUCACCAUGGCCUUGAGUGGCUGCACCUCCAUCGAGCAAAUCACUCGGAAUCAUGUCGUGACUGAGUCGGAUUCGAAUCGAAAUCUCUCGAAGAUGUAGAUCAAACCAACUUCAUCAAAAUAAUCUUGUUGAUGCAAUUUGAUUGAUGGUGUAGACUUCAACCGGAAGGAGUUUGUUUUGUGGAGGGAAAAUUUUAAGACUUCAACUAUAAUUUGCAUAUCUGCCACUUUAAAUUUUUAUAUUAUAAAUAUACCACUAUGAAACUUAAAAA